GGGCAGAGAUACGACGCGACUUCAUCCCUCGGAGGGGGGGCUUUGAACGCUCCGUUGUGCACGCGAUAUAUAACAAGGGGCACAGUGAACUCGGCAAAGCUCGGGCAAAGCUCCGCGAAGCGCGUCUUCGGUACAGCUGGUGUAACAUAUAGUACUAUAGAGCACCGUGAAUAGGCACGAGAUGGGUUUGAAGGUGCUGUUCAAGGUUGUCCAGGUGGGCUUGUUCCAGGGACCGGCUUCGGUGGGCAGCUCGUCCCGGUGGCUCAAGUUUGGCCGCUGCUUCAGCACAACUGGCAGCUUAUCCAAGGCUAUGCUCGAUGACUCGCCAAACGCAGCUCUGGACAAGACCCUGCUGAAUAAAUUCUACGCCCUGCCUCAGCCGGAAGAUAGAAUUCAAGCCAAGUACAUUUGGAUCGAUGGCACUGGCGAGUUCCUGAGAAGCAAGUCAAGGACACUCGAGUUCGUUCCCAAAAAGCCAGAAGAUCUUCCAAAAUGGCAGUACGAUGGCAGUUCGACCUACCAAGCCGAGGGUGAAAACAGCGACAUAUUCUUGUUGCCGAAAGCUAUCUACAAGGACCCUUUCCGGUGCAACAACAACAUCCUCGUGCUCUGCGAGACUUACCUGUCCGACAUGACGCCCACCAAAUCCAACAAACGAGCCGCUGCUGCCAAGGCCAUGGACCUCGUGAAGAAGGAGGAGCCCUGGUUCGGCAUCGAGCAGGAGUACACGUUUUUGGACUUUGAUGGCAGGCCCCUCGGCUGGCCCAAAAACGGCUUCCCCGCGCCCCAGGGGCCCUACUACUGUGGGGUUGGCGCCGACAAGGUCAUCGGACGUGAAAUCGUCGAGGCUCACUACAGGGCCUGUCUCUAUGCUGGCAUCAAUAUUUCCGGCACAAAUGCUGAGGUCAUGCCCUCCCAGUGGGAGUACCAGGUAGGACCUAGUCCGGGUAUCAGCGCGAGUGACGAACUCUGGAUGUCGAGGUUCAUCCUGCACCGCAUCGCCGAAGAGUUUGGCGUGGUGGUAACCCUCGACCCAAAGCCCAUGGAGGGCCAUUGGAACGGGGCCGGGGCCCACUGCAACUUCUCAACCAAGACGAUGCGCGCGGAAAACGGCAUCAAGGAGAUCAACCGGGCGAUCGAGAAGCUGAGCAAACGCCACGCCGAGCACAUACGCGCCUACGACCCCCGUGAGGGUAAGGACAACGAGCGCCGACUGACCGGCAAGUGCGAGACCAGCAGCAUCCACGACUUUAGCUCUGGAGUGGCCAAUCGCAGCGUCAGUAUCCGCAUACCCCGUGGUGUCGCCGAGGCCAACAAGGGCUACCUCGAGGACCGCCGGCCCAGCAGCAACUGCGACCCCUACUCGGUUUGCAAUGCCCUUGUGCGCACGUGUGUGCUCAAUGAGUAGUAAACGUGUAUCGUGAGUGAGGGAAAAUUUGUGUCUGUACGUAACUUGGCACUUUGUUUUUUUUAACAGUCAUCUUGUGGGAACCAUCAUUCGAUCACAGUACUAGACCAUCGUGGAUGCGUGCCUUAACGGCCUACGUGUAAAUUUUAUCUGUUACAGCGUUUUUGAAAUUUUUAUGUUGAGCUGGAAAGUGAUGGCGAAUCGAUUGUGAAUCAUACAUUUUUACAUUUUUUGUUUUGGAGGAUUUAUUUCAUUCAGCCAAAGUCAAGUUAUUUCUACGAAAAGAGCAUUAACAGCAUUUCACGAGGCUGCACAUUUCAGUAAUGUUUGCUCAACCUACGAUUUUACGUAUACCGAGAUGAAAUUAUUUUUAAUCUUUUUUCUUGAUCAUUGAGAAUAUUAAUGAAUGGACACUUGAUUACAGACAUGGAUGAUGUAAGCUAUAAUAUUAUAAAUACCAAAGUAAUUUACGAUCUACUGAGGGUUAAAAUACCGAUUUUUUACAGUAUAAAAAGAUACAUUUAUUUUAUGCUUGUUGUUACUCGUGGGAGAUUUCAAAUUGAUUUAUGUCAAUUGUUUCGUUUAUUUUGAAAGAAAAAAAAAAACAAAUGCAAAAUAAAUAAGAUUUUUA